GACCGUUGGUAGGUGAUUCAUGCGUGUAUUAUUGGGCCGUUGCAACCUUAUUUUAGGCUCCGUCGCCAACUGAGGCCCACUUCCACUAAGAAAUGAAAAGUGAAGCGCAAAGCUCCACUCACACACACAAGGCUCUUCACCCGCAGCUGCUCCAUCGUACCAAAUUCGGAGAGGAGAGAAAAUCGACAUGGGAAGCAGAUUGGGAAGGAGGGUAGUCCACUUCGCGAACCUACCCAUCAAGCUUUUGAUGCCCAACAAUUUCGCCAACAUCACAGAAAUCGCUCUCAAAACUAUCCCAUCGGCCUCCAAGAUCGAAAUCAAGCUCGUCAUGGAGUCCCUCUACGGCUUCCAGGUCGACAAGGUCCACACCCUAAACAUGGAGGGCAAGAAGAAGAAGCGCAGCGGUCUUCUCAUCGCAAAACCCGACUACAAGAAGGCCUACGUCACCCUCAAGGGCCCCCUCUCCCUCUCCCAGGACCUCUAUCCCAUCGGAAUCGUCCAGCAGGACCGCAAGCAGCAGGCGGCCAACCAGUCCAAGUCUGCCGUUGUCGAAGAGGGCGAGACCGAGAAGCAUUGGCUUUACGGGAACAAGGAACGGCAGCAGCAGCCGCAGAGCGCUCGCAGGGGUAAGAGCAGCGAUAAGGGUUCGGCUGUUUUCGGCGAGGGCGCCGCCAAGUUUCCCUGGAGCAACAUGAGGUUUCGCUAGGCAGGUUUGAAGAGAUUUUAGGGUUUUUAUUUGGAGAUUUCAAAUUUGUGAUAUUUUAGGGUUUGAUGAAUUAUAUGGCCAUUUAGUGGCUAUUUUGCUAGUGAACCUCUCUUUGCUAGGACUGCAGCAUUUGGCAUUCGAUUAAAGGAGCAUUUCGGUGUUAUGUUUAUUGUUAAUCUUGUCUUAUGAUGCAUUGCGCA